AUGGACAGUGUUCGCAUAGACAAUAUCCUGGAGCUGAGACCGGAUACAGUGCAGUAUAUUCGCAAACUGUACAAUCUUGACAAACCAGAAAGCUUGGAUGACAGCAUAAAUAUAUUAAACGAAUGGAUUCAAAAGCAGCCUCACUUUAAUAAGAAGGACUUUAGUAAACGUUAUUUGGAGACGACACUUAUUGUUAACAAGGGAUCUCUGGAGCGUGCCAAAGUACAGUUGGAUAAAAUGUGCACGCUUAAAACAGUGCUGCCUCAAUUUUUUGGAAACUAUAACGUUAAAACUGAUUUUGAACAACUACACGAAGUGAUAAAAACUGUUGUGCUACCCAAAUUAACAGACGAUCACUACAGGGUAAACGUAAUGAAAUAUUACGAUGUGGAAUGGAAAGCCUCACAAGCAAUUCACUUUUAUAGACAUAACAUAAUUCUAGCAGAAUACCUGAGAGCUCACGAUUAUAUCCAUGGAAUAAUCGCAAUCAUCGAUUUGUCGGACACAAACUUGAUAAGUUUACUGAAAAAACUUAAUCCAGUCGAAAUAAGACAGUCUAUAUCUAUUUAUAUCGAUUGCUACGGUGUUCGAAUCAAAAAAAUUCACAUAAUAUCGGAGUCAACGUUUGUAGAUGGCAUUGUGACGAUAUUAAAAAGCGUAAUGAGUGCUAAAUUGGCUAGCCGGAUCGACGUCCACAAAAGUUUUGAGGAACUUCAUAAAUUUAUUCCAAAAGCAAUACUUCCCAUAGACUACGGUGGUGAGGAACGCUCAUUGGAAACUCUCCAAAAGGAAUUCAUAGAGGUGCUUUCAUCACAGGCACACUUGGAUCAAGUCAAAGAAAUGAAUAAAGCCACAACCAAUGAAUCCUAUAGGCAGAAAGACCAAUUUUCUGAACAUUACGCUGGAAUGCCGGGUACAUUUAAAUUUUUGAGUGUAGACUAA